UGCACAAGUCUCGUCUGACGACAAGGACAGCGAAGACAGCAAAGGAGUCUACCAAACCUCCAUGAUGGAUCCCUCCUCAGACGACCUUGCAGAGCAGCUGAAGCUGUUGACCCUGGCCGCGGACAGCAACGACUUGUCCGAGCUGCAGACUGUGCCAAUCUUCACAGCCCAGGUCCGCAAGCAUGCGGAGCACAUGAAGGCUCCCACGGAUCUUGCCGAUGGUCGCCUGGCCGGCCAAGGGGUCUUUACCCAGUACGGCUUGCUGGCGGCAGACGCUGGCGCUGAUGUUGCAAAGGCGCGUAGCCCCGGCGACAAACAUGACUCCCGAAUCUUCUACAACAUCGCGGCUCCAUCGAGCAUCUUCGUCUGUGGCAGUCAAGGCUCAGGCAAGAGCCAUACGCUCUCCUGUCUUUUGGAGAAUUGCCUCUUCCCUUCGGCGGCCAAUGUCUUGCCGCGGCCGCUCACGGGCAUCGUCUUCCAUUACGAUACCUUCAUCACGGACGGCGGAGGCGAGCCGUGCGAGGCGGCCUACCUCGCGUCCAACGACGGCAUCAAGGUCCGCGUGUUAUGCGCCCCGACCAACUACAAUACGAUGAGAGAAGUCUACGCCAAGAUACCCGGCGUGACGGUUCGCCCGCUGCGCCUCGACCAGAGGGACCUGAACACGAAGAGAAUGAUGGGGUUGAUGGGGGUUGAUGAUAGCAACGGCAUCCCACUGUACUUGCACGUGGUCCAACGCAUCCUCCGGGAGCUAAGGAUGGAGCAUCAGGACCGUGGGGCAGCCGAGGGCGGUCAAUCACAACCUUUCCAGUAUGCCGAGUUCAAGGAAAGGCUUGGGCAAGAGGCGUUGACCCCGGCGCAGGAGGCGCCGCUCAAGCAGCGACUGGACACGCUUCAGAGCUUCCUUGUGCACAAGCAGGCGUACUCGCAGACCUCCUUGACCACGGCAAGGAGAAAUAUCCCCAAGAGUGCCCAAGACGAUGUUGGCACAGACUGGACGCCGCAGGCCAGCCAGCUGACUAUCGUCGACCUUUCUUGUCCGUGCGUCAAGGCGGACACGGCCUGCUCCCUUUUCAACAUCUGCCUAAGCCUCUUCCUGGAGCAGGGGACCAAGAUCGGCCGCGUGGUUGCGCUGGACGAGGCGCACAAGUACUUGGGCGGCGCCAACGGAGCCCCGGCCGAGUCGACUGAUGCGCGCGCGCUAACCGAGUCGCUCUUGUCCACAAUCCGGCUGCAGCGCCACCAGGCCUGCCGAGUCAUCAUCGCGACGCAGGAGCCGUCCGUAUCCCCGGCACUGCUCGAUCUGUGCUCCGUCACCAUCGUGCACCGAUUCACGUCGCCCGCGUGGCUCAAGGUCCUCAAAGACCACCUCGCGGGCGCGGGCGCCGAGUCUGCCGCCCUGCCGGGGAAGACGGAGGAGGAGAAGGGAGACGGGCGGGACGGGACGGCGGCGGCGCUGUUUGCGCAGAUCGUGGGGCUGCGCGUCGGCGAGGCGCUGCUCUUCGCCCCCAGCGCCGCCGUGGGCGUGUACGCGGACGGCGGCGCCGGCGACGACGGCCGCGUGUUCCGAUGCCUGGGCGGCGGCGUGCGCAAGGUGCGCAUCCGCAACCGCGUCACGGCCGACGGCGGCCGCAGCAUCAUGGCCGCCUGA